UGUUGUGGUUCCGCUUUACACGCCGCUCCGAAUAAAAUAAAAUCAAUAAUUUCCUAAAGGGAAUACCUAUGGAUAUAGGCAGUAUCCCCAACUCAACAUCAGUCGAUAGAAAUUUGAGAAAAAAGGCGCGUGCGGCUCUCUUAAAAGUGUUUGCAUCAAAACUAAUAUUUCCUGAGUGAGCCAUUUAGCAGUCUGAUCGCCAGUUCCUGCAACCACCCUCCACGAUGAGAUUCCAGCAGCUCCUGCAAGUGCGCAGAUUGGCCAGCGCCGGGGCCACCACCUUGAUGAGGCGACCCACCACUGGCACCGCACUGGCCACCCACCCCGCCGCCAGCACCACCACCACCACCACCGGCACCACUCCCAUCGCAACCACUGUGCGCACAAUGGCGGGCAGCGGGGCACCGAUUCCGGAGCUCACGGAGAUUACGGACAAUGUGAAGCGCGGCAACUUCGCCUCUCUGACCGACAAGGAUGUGGUGCACUUCGAGCAGCUCCUGGGCAAGAACUUCGUCCUCACCGAGGACCUCGAGGGAUACAAUAUCUGCUUUCUAAAAAGGAUUCGAGGUAACAGCAAGCUGGUUCUGAAGCCCGGCAACACGGCGGAGGUGGCCGCCAUCCUGAGGUACUGCAACGAGCGGCGCCUGGCGGUGGUGCCCCAGGGCGGGAACACGGGUCUGGUGGGCGGAUCCGUGCCCAUCUGCGACGAGAUCGUGCUCUCGCUGGCGCGCCUCAACAAGGUGCUGUCCGUGGACGAGGUCACCGGCAUCGCCGUCGUGGAGGCGGGCUGCAUCCUGGAGAACUUCGACCAGCGGGCCAGGGAGGUGGGUCUGACGGUGCCGCUGGACCUGGGCGCCAAGGCCAGCUGCCACAUCGGCGGCAAUGUGUCCACCAAUGCGGGCGGAGUGCGCGUGGUGCGCUACGGCAACCUGCACGGAUCCGUUCUGGGCGUGGAGGCGGUGCUGGCCACCGGCGAGGUCCUGAACCUGAUGUCCGACUUCAAGAAGGACAACACCGGCUACCACAUGAAGCACCUGUUCAUCGGAUCCGAGGGCACGCUGGGCGUGGUCACCAAGCUCUCGAUGCUCUGCCCCCAUUCCUCGCGGGCGGUCAACGUGGCCUUCAUCGGCCUGAACUCCUUCGACGAUGUGCUGAAGACCUUCGUCAGUGCCAAACGCAAUCUGGGCGAGAUCCUCAGCUCCUGCGAGCUCAUUGACGAGCGGGCCCUGAACACCGCUCUCGAGCAGUUCAAGUUCCUCAACUCGCCCAUUUCGGGCUUCCCCUUCUACAUGCUGAUCGAGACGUCGGGAAGCAACGGCGACCACGACGAGGAGAAGAUCAACCAGUUCAUUGGCGACGGCAUGGAGCGCGGCGAGAUCCAGGAUGGCACCGUGACCGGGGAUCCGGGGAAGGUGCAGGAGAUCUGGAAGAUCAGGGAGAUGGUGCCGCUGGGCCUGAUCGAGAAGAGUUUCUGCUUCAAGUACGACAUCUCGCUGCCGCUGCGGGACUUCUACAACAUCGUGGACGUGAUGCGGGAGCGGUGCGGCUCCCUGGCCACCGUGGUCUGCGGCUAUGGCCACCUGGGCGACUCCAACCUGCACCUGAACGUCUCCUGCGAGGAGUUCAACGACGAGAUCUACAAGCGGGUGGAGCCCUUCGUCUACGAGUACACCUCCAAGCUGAAGGGCAGCAUCAGUGCGGAGCACGGCAUCGGGUUCCUGAAGAAGGACUACCUCCACUACUCCAAGGACCCGGUGGCCAUCGGCUACAUGCGCGACAUGAAGAAGCUCCUGGACCCCAACGGCAUCCUCAAUCCCUACAAGGUGCUCAACUGAAGUCGGAUUCCAGUAAAUGAUAAGUGAAAAGUUGUGUGUUUUAUUUUUUUUUUUGUAAUUUCCAUAUGUGUACGCGUAAUAAAUUGAUGCAAAAAUAAUUUAGAAAAUGU